AUGCCUCCGGUGGACAAGCCCUCGGCCGACAAGUAUGACUACAUUGUGAUCGGCGGAGGCAGCGGUGGAAUGGCCACCUCCCGCCGCGCGGCUUCUUACGGCAAGAAGGUUGCCAUCAUAGAGGCGCAGGGCAAGCUCGGUGGCACCUGCGUCAACGUCGGUUGCGUCCCAAAAAAGGUCAUGUGGCACGCCGCCGACAUUGCUGAGAAGAUCCGGCACGCGAAGAACUACAAGUUCAUCGGCGACGGCAUCGGCGAGCCCAAGUUCGACUGGCACGCGUUCAAGCCCCAGCGCGACGCGUACAUCCGCCGGCUGAACGGGAUUUACGAUAGCAACCUGCAGAAGGACGGCGUCGAGUACCACCACGGCUACGCGCGCCUCGCGUCCCCGAACGCGGUCGAGGUCACGCGCCCGGACGGGAGCAAGUACGAGCUGCACGGCGAGCAGAUCUGUAUCGCCGUUGGUGGUACGCCGACGUUCCCUGACGUGCCCGGCGCGGAGCUCGGUAUCGACUCGGACGGGUUCUUCGACCUCGCCGACCAGCCGCGGCGCGUCGCCGUCGUCGGCGCGGGCUACAUCGCCGUUGAACUCGCAGGCGUGCUGCACACGCUCGGUUCGGAGACGCACCUCCUCAUCCGCCACGAGAAGGUCCUGCGCACAUUCGAUCCGAGCUUGCAGGAUAUCCUCACGAACUGGAUGGAGAAGACGGGCGUGAACAUCCACAAGAAGACGAACGUCACGAAGGUUGAGGGCACGAAGGGCGGCCCGCUCACGGUGCAUACCGACUCAGGCGAGCCGUUCGAGGUCGACACGCUCAUUUGGGCGAUCGGAAGGCACUCGAAGACGGCCGAUUUGGGCCUGGAGAAGGUCGGCAUUCAGGUCACUGAGAAGGGCGAUAUCCCCGUCGACGAGUACCAGCAAACGUCCGUUCCGAGCAUCACCGCGAUUGGAGAUGUUGGAGGCAAGGCGCUCUUGACCCCGGUGGCUAUCGCUGCGGGACGGCGGUUGGCCAACAGGCUGUUCGGCCCGCCCAAGUUCAAGAACGACAAACUCAGCUAUGAUGAUAUUCCGACUGUUGUCUUCUCCCACCCGACCAUUGGCACUGUUGGCUUGACAGAACCUCAAGCCCGGGAGAAAUACGGUGACGCCGUCAAGAUCUACAAAUCGAACUUCCGUGCGCUGUACUUCUCCAUGAUCGACGAGGAUCACAAAGAGCCAUCAAUGUACAAGCUCAUCGUUGUGGGCGAGGAAGAAAAAGUCGUCGGCGUGCACAUCAUCGGUCUCGGCAGUGAUGAGGUGCUUCAGGGCUUCGGUGUCGCCGUCAAAAUGGGCGCUACGAAGGAUGACUUUGACUCGUGUGUUGCGAUACAUCCGACGUCUGCGGAAGAGCUGGUCACGCUGCGGUAA